ACGACGAAAAAGGGGAAGAGCAAGCAAGCGAGCGGAGACCAACCAAAUCUUUGUCCGUUCUCUCGCCGCGUCGAGGAGGAGAGGAGCUCGCACCGCCAGCGCCACCGCGCGCGCCUCACCCCGGCCCCAUGACGAGCGCUUCCGAGCUGUUCACCGCCCGCCGCGCCCGCGCGGUCCGCCUCUCCGACCCCGACCCCGAACCGGAUCCGCCCGCCGACGCGCUCCGUGACCUGCAAGGCAUCGCCGCCGAUCGCCGCGGCCGCCGCCGGGGGUGUCGCCCGCGCCGCCAGCUCGACGCCGCCGGGGACGCGCGCCAGCACCUGCACACCGGGGCCCCGCCCUCGCGCCGCCGUGCGUCGUACACCGAUCGUGUCUUAUCAUACAUAGACAAUAGCAACAUUGGGGAUUAUGCAGCUAGGAGGAACCGACUUGAUAGGCUGAUGUUCAGAACAAAUGAGCGGCUUCCAGGUGCUGUACUGCAAGCACAAGCACGUGUUCUAGAGAGACUGAGAGGCAUUUCUAUUGGUUCAUCUGUGUCAAGGCCAUCUAUCACAUUGGAUGAAUUUUCAGCUACUGACGUGUUUAGGAUCAUUGACUUUGGGAAUAGGGAAGCCCCAUAUGAUGCAAAUAGGCCCAGCUCAUCAUUGGCCCAUCCAAGUAGCGAGUCGGAUGAAGAAGUUUCAUCCAUUGGCACCAGUUCCUUGAAAAAGUCACGUGGGCUUAGCAAGGCAGCGUUCCUUCGGCUACAAAUAGAAAUUUUUGAGGCAAGCAAGGAUGACAACAGGGAGGCAUCACCAGAAUGCUCGAUUUGCCUUGAUGGAUUCUAUGAUGGAGAUGAGCUGAUAAAGCUGCGCUGUGGACACAGGUUUCACUCUAAUUGCUUGGAGCCGUGGGUACGGAAAUGUGCUGAUUGCCCGUAUUGUCGAACAAACAUACAGUCAAGGUCCUGAUGACAAACCUUAGUUCUGUGUUGCCACUUUCAUUAAAACUGUAAUUAUCAGGCAACAUGUAAUGUUGUGAUUCAGUGCUGUGUUCAUGCCCGCCACUCGGAGUUGUAUGACAUCACUCUGUUAAAUAUCAUUUUUGGCACUGGAGGCUAAGAAUUGUGUGCAAUGACUGAUAGUAUAUAGUAGCACUUCUUGCUGUAAGUCCUAUGAGAAACUGACAUAACCAAUGUUGCUUCUGUUGGUAUGAAUUGCCGAGUAUGCUUCGAAACCCUGUUGCAGGGCAGCAGCAUGAGCUUUAUUAUAUUUUACUGGGUUAUCUGGAUUGCAAGUAACAGAACCCAGAACAAGAAGAAUAACUAGACCUUUAUUAUUUUACUAUAGCUUAUCUGGUGUGCUUUCUGAGUAAUGUUCUAGUUAUUCUUCUUGUUCU